AUGUCUCUUCCUGGAUUAGAGCUAGCUGAAGCUUCAGUCGAGAGUCAAUACGCCCCGCCUCCGCCUACACAGAUCAACUUGCGCGCUGGAAGUGAAUGGAGAUUUGAAAUCGCCUUUGGUAGUACGAUUCAAGUUAAGUUACUUACCGGCACCGCAGAACUAUUCGGAACCGAGCUCGCGCAAUUACAGACAUACACGUUUUCCGGCACAAAGGCCGCGAUCUAUACCUGGCAUGGCUGCGCCUUAGAAGUCAAUGCUGGGGAGGGAGUAGCCCUUCCCAAUGGGUUUGCCCCCGGUGGGAUGUCAUCAGAGGGCACCAGUCGAGGCUAUGGAGCUGGCGGGUGUCAGAGUGAAUAUGUCGCAGAAGAAACGCCGAUGGUAGAAUACGCCAAUGUCCAUUUCGCGCUGGAGACAAUGAGGCAGGAGGCCCAAACAGAGGGUGGCAAGGACGGACCGCGUGUGUUGAUCUUGGGACCAGAGAAUGCAGGGAAAACAAGCUUGGCGAAAAUCCUCACGGGCUAUGCGACCAAAGUCGACCGACAACCGAUUGUUGUCAAUCUGAAUCCGACAGAGGGUAUGCUCAGCGUUCCCGGUACGUUGACGGCUACUGCGUUUCGUUCUAUGAUCGAUGUCGAAGAAGGAUGGGGGAGUAGCCCUAUGUCUGGACCCAGCCCUGUUCCGGUUAAAUUACCCUUGGUUUACUUCUAUCCGAUGAAAAGCCCUUUGGAUGCGGAUGGGAAUGUUUUUAAACCUAUCGUCUCGAAACUCGCAGUUUCCGUGACGGCGCGUAUGGCCGAGGAUGAUGAUGCGCGAGAGGCCGGCGUCAUCAUUGACACGCCUGGUAUUCUGGGACAAGGAACCCCAAAGGCGCUGGAAAUAAUACAUCACAUUGUUACUGAGUUUUCUGGUAUGCCCCCUGUUAACACUCGUAUGGUAUCAACCAUCCUUGUCCUCGGAUCCGAGCGUCUAUACAGCACCAUGGUCAAGAAUUACGAGCAGAAACCCACAUCCAGCGCCUCCGCAGCACACUCCGAUGAACGGAUCACAGUCGUCAAACUCUCCAAAUCCGGCGGCUGCGUAGACCGGGACGAAGCAUUCAUGAAAUCCGUCAACGAAUCCCAAAUUCGCUCUUACUUUUUCGGCAACGCAAUGGCAUCUGCCACCUCCGUAGCUCUCCCAUCAUCCUCCUCUUCUUCUUCAUCCAGCUCAAAAAUCACUUUAUCACCACAUACCCAGCAACUUGACUUCGAUUCCUUGGCAUUAUACAACUAUACAGCGCCAUCACUCAACGAAGAUGAGGAUGAAUACGACCCUUCCACCUUUGGCGCCGGUGACUCCUCCUAUCUGCCCGGCGGUGCUGGCACUGAAUCGGCCGACCUGUCCUCGCAAACUGAGAAUACAACACAAGCCAGUUCCGCAUCCUACGACCCGUCGUCGUUUACCUCCUCCCUAACCACAUCCUCGUCAGCGGCAGACACUCUUCUUCCGUUAAAGAAGUACACUUCCCCCCCUACUCUUGCUUUCGCAAAUACGCUAGUCGCAAUCACCUACGUCCCGACCAAUGCGCCGCUAGAAUAUAUCCGAGAUUCUAGUAUUAUGGGUUUCGUGUAUGUGGCUGAUGUGGAUGUAGAAAAGAAGAAGCUUCGCGUCUUGGCGCCAGUCGGUGGUAGGAUGCCUGCGAGAGCGUUGGUAUGGGGGAGAAAAUGGCCUGGGGAGGUUGUUGGGCUAGUUGGAUAG